AGGUUCACAGAUAUACCUGUCAAUUGCCCCAACGAAACGAACUCACAGUGACAUGUUGUUCUUUUUAUUACGAAAACCCUUCAGCCUCACUUUCGGAGAAAUGCACUAGACUAACGCUUUCAAACCUUGCAUAGGCGUCUAUCAGCAUCAUGCAAGCCUCAACCAACCAACACAAUAACCAGCCUCUCGCUGCUGCUUUCAGUGGCGUAGCAUCAACACCGUAUUCCCUAUUCGAGAUCAGACUCGAACGCGAAUUUGUCGUAUUCUGGGGCAGCCGAUAUGAAUCAACAGAUCAACUACUCAAGGGAGUCGUAGUCCUGUGUCUACAGUCGCCGCUCAAGCUUGACGAAGUCAGACUUCGCCUAGAUGGUACUGUUCGUCAUGCAUGGCUGAACGAUCCCGGCGUGGCCCACAACACCAGCAUCAUGAAGCACAAAUGGCCCUCAUUGCUGGAAACAGGUGGCAAGAGCGUCACUCUACCAGCUGGCAACUACGAGUGGCCUUUCGAACUGAUGAUGGCGGGAGAUACUUCUGAGAGUCUCGAGGGUAUCCGGGAUGCUUCCAUCACAUAUGGCUUGAGAGCAACGAUCAGCAGAGGCAAGCUGGCUCGACAUAUCAGCUGUACCAAGAAGCUUCGAAUCAUCCGCACAUUUGCGCCGACUGCCUUGGAGUUUAUGCAUAACAUGAGUGUCGAGCAGACAUGGAUCAACAAAGUCGACUACUCUGUUUCCAUACCGACAAAAGCUGCUGUUUUCGGAGGGUCUAUUGUUCUCGAAACGCGAUUUACACCACUGGUCAAAGGACUCGAAAUCGAAAGGAUCGUCGCGACUUUGGUGGAGUUUCAAGAGUUCAGCAUGCACAGCAGACACUAUAUCUACACAAGAGAACACAAAAGCAAACGCGACAUUUCUCAAUGGGACUUUGAGAUGUCAAGAGAGCAACACUGGCAGGAUACUAUAGAGGAAACGGGUCAAGAGGGAUGGGUCAUGAAGAAGACACUCCAAUUACCGAAGAAGCUGAGCGAAUGCAUUCAAGACAUAGACGCACAAGGCAUCAGAGUCUAUCACAAACUCAAGAUACACAUACCCAUUCGCAACCAGGACGGGCAUGUAUCUCAUCUUGACUUGGGCAUUCCUGUCAAUAUCUUCAUCUCGCCGUCAAUCACCCUUGACGACCAAGGAAACUUGAUAGACCAAUCCCCUAGCACACAAGGACCACCAAGCGAGUUAAUAGGCCCACCAGUGUAUGGUGAGCAUAUUUUAGAUCAGCUAUACGACAGUCUUGAGGACUGGCAAAUCCCUGGGCAAGGCUCCCACCAAGGUGAGGGAGAGGGAUCUGGUACCAGCACUCCUCAUCACACAGACUCGAAUGAAAGUCAGACAUACGAGAGCUCCAACACAUUUGAAUUAUCGCAGUCAAGCCAGAGUCACGACCCAUCGCGCAGCUCAUCCGAAACCGUGUCUACUGACCCAGAAGAAUUUGCCGAACUUAGCAAAGUUCCGACAUAUCGCACGGCGCUCCGGACUCCAUUGCAACCGCAUACUCAGCAAGGCGGAGCCCUGCCUCCAGAUUAUCGAACGGCUGCGGCGACGGCAGCGAGUGAUAUUUGACAUACAAUGGCUAUAACAAAUUAAUCUGGUUCUCCAUGGGGCCUAGCCAUGUAUCUAUCCCGCUUUACCAUGAUGGGGAAUGUGUGCUUUGGAUCAGGGGAUAGCAUUGAAACUGGUCCCCAAGACAAGAAAUCAUUCUUAGGGUGUAUCAUUAUCCUUACAUUGUAUUUUCAGUUUGCAGCAUCCGAAGAAACAGCGGUUCACUGCAUGAUCUCCUGAUUUAAGCGGUCUAUGGUCUCGUUUGGUGCUAUCAUGUCACCCACUGAGUUGGUAAUGGCAAGACCCAUGGUUCCGUUCAGCUAGUACAACUCUGUAGAAGUAUAAUUUAUGAUUCAUCUUAUUUCUUAAUUUUACUUUGUAUUUAAUUGUAGAACAAUAAUCUUUCCAUAGG